AUGGCACGCCUUCUCGUUGUUCUAGCAUCUCUGUUGUCGGUACUAGUGUCUGCGUACCCAGCACAGGAGGAACAAGUCAAGAGAGGAGACGACAGCCCUUAUGAGCACUACAGAAACCCUCGAAUCUUUGAAGAUCACGUUGUAAAGAGAGCAGACAAGGUGGGCCCUAAUGGGUACUACAGAAACCCUCGAAUCUUUGAAGACCACGUUGUCAAGAGAGCAGACAAGGUGGGCCCUAAUGGGUACUACAGAAACCCUCGAAUCUUUGAAGAUCAUGUAGUCGACGCCUAA